UCUCUUAGGGGAGAGGACUUUGGGAAUGCUCUAAUACAAGCCUCAGAGAUUAUAGUCAAGGUGUUAACUAUUUGGAGAUUUUUUUUAAAAGACAAAAUCUAAUCUAUCCUGAAGAAUUUACGUUUUGAAAGCAAGAAGAGUUCAGUUGAAUCAAGUACCAGAAUGAGAUGAAACGUAAACGCCAGGCCAAAUUCUUAAAGUCAGAUGCUCAUUGGCACAGAUACUUUUAGUAAGAGAUAUUAAAUCUACAGUUCUUAACCUUGGCUGCAGAGAACAUUUGUGCACAGAACUUUUUAAAAGCAUCAUCCCCCAGGGAUCAACUGUGGAGGAGCAUCCAUGAUUCUGGGAGCCCCCUAGGGAUUGUGUGCAGCCAGAGUUGGAAAAGAAGCAGGUGUGUGAACUGGGGAACCAUGCCCAUCCAGAGACAGCGGCCGUGUUAGCUGCCUAGGAAGAAGACGCCAUCGGUGUUUCUAGAUCGUCAUACACUUCAAGUGAAGUCAGGCUCCAGAUCUUCAGUUAAAUCUUCUCUCCUUUAAAUACUGCUUAUGGAAGAAGAAUCAGUGUCAGAUUUUGCAGUUCAAGAAUGACCUUAGACAACAUCAAUAGGGAAGCUGUGGAUCGAAUAAUCCGGGUGGAUCAUGCAGGUGAAUAUGGAGCGAACCGCAUCUAUGCAGGGCAGAUGGCCAUCCUGGGUCGGACGAGCGUCGGGCCGGUCAUUCAGAAAAUGUGGGAUCAAGAAAAGGACCACUUGAAAAAGUUCAAUGAGUUGAUGGUUGCAUUCAGGGUGCGGCCAACCAUUCUGAUGCCCUUUUGGAACGUGGUGGGGUUUGCACUGGGCGCUGGAACUGCCCUGCUUGGGAAGGAGGGCGCCAUGGCCUGCACGGUGGCCGUGGAAGAGUCCAUCGCACACCACUACAACAACCAGAUCAGGACGCUGAUGGAGAAGGAGCCUGAAAAAUACGAGGAGCUUCUGCAGGUGAUCAGGAAAUUUCGAGAUGAAGAGCUUGAGCACCAUGACAUAGGCCUCGAACAUGAUGCAGAACUGGCUCCAGCAUAUGCUGUUCUGAAGAGUGUUAUCCAGGCUGGGUGCAGAGUGGCGAUAUAUUUAUCAGAAAGACUUUAAAGUACGUCCACUUUUCCUUGUGUAUAAGGAUAAUAGUAAUUUAACAGGUGACAGUGGCAGAAAAGGAAAUGUACAGUUAUUGUUCUGUGAGUUUGUUAAUAAAUUAUGAGAGUUUUUUUCGUUAAUAAAACUCUCCAGUUUU